CGCCGCUACACCUUGUCUCCUGCUGGAUCCCUAAUCGUCUCGUGUUUACAUCGCCAGCCUGCUGCUGUCAGGGACAGGGUAACCAUACAGAUGAUACCACCACAGUGACCCCAGGUCCGCAUCUCACUGCCUGCACCACACCAUCUGCUUCUUUAUUCAUCGCUCAUGUAUACCUUCCUUUUGUUCAGUGGUGUCCUGUCUAUAACUGUGACCUGAAUAUAAAGUAUCAGAGAUGGACUCUGUGCCGGUGGUGGAGCCUCAUCAGGAGGAAGAGAAGAUAUUACCAGCUACUGUCCGAGCUAAGAUAGAGCGUAAUAGACAAAGAGCACUGAUGUUAAGACAAGCAAGGCUUGCCAGCAGGCCAUACCCAACUGGUGAAGGAAUGUCAACUGUGAAACAUUCAAGGAUUGUUGAUUCCGGUGGAGGAUUCUUUAUAGAAGAGGAGCAAAUAGAAGUAAAGCCAGUUGAAAACGUUGUUCAUCAGCCAGGUCCUGUACUAGAAUUUGAUUAUUUAAUUUGUGAGGAAUGCGGCAAAGAUUUUAUGGAUUCAUACUUAAGCAAUCAAUUUGAUUUGGCUGUAUGUGAUGCCUGCAGAGAUUCAGAAGAAAAGCACAAGCUUAUAACACGGACUGAAGCCAAAAAAGAGUAUCUGCUGAAAGACUGUGAUAUUGAUAAAAGGGAGCCUGUGUUGAAAUUCAUUUUGAAGAAAAACCCUCACAAUACUCAUUGGGGUGAUAUGAAACUGUACUUAAAAUCGCAGAUGGUUAAACGUUCUUUAGAAGUAUGGGGCACUGAGGAAGCUCUUGAAGAAGCUAAAGAAUCUCGAUUGGAUAAUAAGAAUAAAAUGAAACAAAAGCGGUUUGACAAAAAAGUUAAAGAAUUGCGUCGUGCUGUUCGCAGUAGCUUGUGGAAAAAAAACACUACCGGUCACCAACAUGAGUAUGGUCCAGAGGAACAUAUUGAAGAGGAUAUGUAUAAAAAGACUUGCAAAACGUGUGGUCAUGUAUUACAUUUUGAAAAGAUGUGAACGCCUAGCAAAUCAAUGAAUUCUUUAUAUUUAUAAUAAAAUGUAUAAUUGAA